AGGGGGGUGGGGAGAGCUGGUGAAGUGGUGCCGGGGUCACAUGAGGACGGGGGGUGAAGUGGUGCCGGGGUCACGCGAGGGCGGGGUGACGUGAGGGCGGGGUCUCAUGGGGAUCGUCUGGUCACGCAGACGAUCCGAUGCCAUGGUGCAGGGCCGGGCGCUGCACUUUGUCCUCAGGGUGGGCGACCGGGAGGUCGCCAUGAAGUUUUACAGGGAGGUCCUGGGCAUGAAGGUUCUGCGACAUGAGGAAUUUCAAGAAGGCUGCAAAGCUACUUGCAAUGGGCCUUACGAUGGCAAAUGGAGCAAGACCAUGGUUGGCUAUGGUGCGGAGGAAAAUCACUUUGUAGUUGAGUUAACUUAUAACUAUGGAGUGGCUGGAUAUCGCUUGGGCAAUGACUUCCUGGGAAUCACCAUUCAGUCGAAAGAGAUAGUAGAAAAGGUCAAGAAGGCAGAGUGGCCACUGAUCGAAACACCGGACGGGAUUGUAAUCGAGGCCCCAGGAGGAUACAAAUUCUAUGUGGAGGAUAAAGAACAACCUCUGAAAGAUCCGGUGCAGAAGGUAAGCCUGGCUGUGUCAGACCUCCAGCGUGCGCUUAAUUACUGGACCAAGCUGCUUGGGAUGAAAAUCUACCACAGAGAUGACACCAAUAUGGUGGUCCAGCUGUGUUUUGAAGAUGAUCAGUGCAAGGUGGAGCUCAAGGAUAUCGGAGUCGCCAUCGAUCAUGCCUCAGGAUUUGGAAGAGUUGCUUUCUCUUAUCCGAAGAAGCAGUUGUCAGUUAUCGAGUCGAAGAUGAAGAAACAGAAACACAAGGUACUGAUGGCAUUGGUGGUCCUGGACACACCAGGGAAGGUGCCAGUGCAAGUUGUGAUACUGGCAGAUCCGGACGGGCAUGAGAUCUGCUUAGUGGGCGAUACCAAUUUCCGUUUGCUCUCCGUCAUAGAUCUGAAUGCCGACAAGCUAGUGGAUGAAGCCAUAACAGCAGACACUAGCACCCAAUGGUUCGUGCAGAAUCGUCAGCAUAAGCCGUUGGCGUGAUGGAGGCCGGAGUGGCUCGGACACACACCCCAUCCAUCGUCCAGUGUGAUUUUUACCGCGGGACUCUUUUCUUUGACUUCCAACACCAACAACAUUCUUGGAAGCAAAUUGACCUGCUCCUACCUAUCGUCUGCCCUGCCUGACAAUGCAGGCCAUUUACAUUUAGUGUUGGUGGCAAUGUUGACAUGGUUGUUUCUGCUUUUUGUUACUGUCGGAACCGUUGCCUUAUUUCGUUGAUCUGGACCAUUGUCAGUGGUGGCCAUUGGGUGGGCUCUUUGGGGUCCUGUUCUUUUUUUGGGGGUUUUGCUCGGAGAUUGUAGAGCGAAUGAGUCCAACUUUACAUCCAGCCCCUUUUCUGUGUACUUCAUGUCUCACUUAAACCAAAGUCAUUACUUCCCACCAA